AUGAUCGGAGUCGGGAAAAUGAAGCAGUACUCUAAUGUCCUUGACAAGCCCCUAAGCAAAGGCAAACAAGAGGUGAGCUUAACCGCAUUUUCUUUCUUAUUCUCGGAGCUCGUUCAGUACAAUCAAACCCAGGUUGACAAUAUUGCUGAACUUGAAAGAAGGCUCGAGGAUGCUGGGUAUGCAGUUGGAGCUCGAGUUCUGGAGCUUCUUUGCAACCGAGAGAAGGGAAACCGAAGAGAGACACGGUUACUCGGGAUUCUGUCUUUCGUCCACAGCACCGUGUGGAAGGUGUUGUUUGGAAAGAUUGCUGAUUCGCUUGAAAAAGGAACAGAGCAUGAAGAUGAGUACAUGAUCAGCGAAAAGGAGCUUCUCGUGAACAGGUUCAUAUCGAUUCCAAAGGACAUGGGAACAUUCAACUGCGGUGCGUUUGUUGCCGGUAUAGUGAAGGGAGUUCUGGAUAACGCAGGGUUUCCUGCUGUGGUAACGGCUCAUUUUGUACCCAUUGAAGGACAACAACGUCCUCGUACUACCAUUUUGAUCAAGUUUGCUGAUGAGGUUAAUGCCUACAUCACUCUAUUUCAUUCUCUUUUCCUCAAGCUUUGGGACAAAACCUUGACCUUUGACACUUGUUCUGCCUUCUUCCACCCAUUCUGCAACAGGUGCUUAAAAGAGAGGCACGGCUAA